AUGAUCAUACCACCCCAACCCUCCAGGCCAGGCCUCAUCAUCCAAAGAGCAACAGCACAAGAUAUCCCAUCCAUCAAAUCAAUGGUCAACUCCGCCUACUCAAAGUACAUCGAGCGCAUCGGCAAACCCCCAGCACCAAUGUCAGCAAACUAUGAAGAGAUUAUGAAAACGCACGACAUAUUCGUUUUGAAGGACGAGAAAAUUAAUGAUGAGAUUGUUGGAUCCAUUGUACUGCGUGUUGAGCGAAAUAAUCACUCUGUUCAGAUCGAUAACUUGGUCGUCGGGCCUGCUGCCCAGGGUCGUGGAUAUGGUCGCGUGUUGUUAGAAUGUGGGGAGGAUGUCGCGCGAUCGCAGAAUUGUUUGGCGCUGACGCUUUUUACGAAUGUGAAAAUGUAUGAGAAUUUGGGGAUGUAUGUGAAGAUGGGAUUUGUUGAGAUUGGGAGGAGGACUGAGGAUGGGUUUGAGCGAGUUUACUUUCGUAAGGACUUAUAA